UUCCCGUACUCAGGAAUGUGUGUUCCGUUUCCAUUGGAAACUCGUGAAAUUCUUACACAGUAAACUUGAAUUCAAUGUGUAAAUACUAAAUUUCUUGAGGAUGCCUAUCAAUGUCAGUAUGCCCGUGGUGCUUAGAGCAAAAUGUGUGGUUGUUGGUGAUUCAACAGUUGGCAAGAGUGCUUUGACCCAGGUUUUUCACAGCGAUGGCACACAUUUCCCCAAGGCUUAUUCCAUGACAGUUGGAGUGGAGCUGUGUGUCAAGAGUGUCACAAUUCCUGAUUCCAGCAACAGCGUGGAGUUGUACAUCUAUGACUCGGCUGGUAAAGAAUUGUUUUCAGAUUAUGUUCAGCAGAUGUGGGAUGGCCCAUCAUUGGCUGUGGUCAUGUUUGAUGUGACCAAUGAGAAGUCUUUUUCCAGUUGUACCAAGUGGUUGGAAAGAGUCAAGUCUAAGGCAGGACGUGCAAUUCAGGCUGUUCUGAUCGGGAACAAGACCGAUCUGGCCACCAGAAGAACAGUCACAGAGAGCAUGGCACAGAAAGCAGCUGCAAGCUUGGAAGUGGAAUACUUUGAAUGUUCCGCCAAAGAGCAAGAGAACAUAGAGGCUCCUUUCUACUAUUUGGCAAAUGCUUUCUACAAGAAAUAUCAGGAGAAAGUCGCAAUGACUGAAGCCAUCUCUGGGUGACGGCAAUCUGUGAGUUGAGAAUAAACUGCAGAAGUGCUCUCGCUUCCUUUAAAGGCAGUGGACACUAGUGGUUAUUACUGAAAAUAAUUAUUAGCAUGACACCUUACUUGGUAACGAGU